GAGAGGCCGAAGUUGCCGAGCAGUUGGCCCGCAAAGUGAGAGUUCUAUGCUGGAUCAUGACUGGCCCGCAGAAUCACAAGCGGAAAGCGAAGCACGUGAAAGCGACCUGGGGACAGCGGUGCAACAUUUUACUUUUCAUGAGUUCCAAAGAGGACCCCAGCUUGCCGGCAAUCGCUCUCGACGUGUCUGAAGGCAGGGAUCAUCUGUGGGCCAAGACGAAAAAAGCCUUCAGUUAUGUCUACGAGCAUUAUCUACAUCAGGCAGACUGGUUCCUGAAAGCAGACGAUGACACUUAUGUUGUUGUCGAAAACUUGAGGUAUUUGCUGCAGGGUCGAGAUCCGGAGUCUCCCAUCUACUUCGGCUGCCGCUUCAAGCCGUUCGUAAAGCAGGGCUACAUGAGCGGGGGCGCAGGCUACAUACUCAGCAGGGAGGCCCUGCGGCGCUUCGCCGAGCAGGCCCUGGUCGGGGAAGCCGAGUGCCGCAAAGACGACGGGGGCGCAGAGGACGUGGAGAUCGGCAAGUGCCUCGAGAGCGUGGGCGUGGAGGCGGGAGACAGCAGGGACUCUCUGGGGCGAGGCAGGUUCUUUCCCUUUGUUCCUGAGCAUCAUCUCAUUCCUGGACAUGUGCCAAAAAGUUCUUGGUACUGGAGCUACAUCUACUACUCAUCACAAGAGGGCAUGGACUGUUGCAGUGACACAGCCAUCUCUUUCCAUUACGUUAGUCCUAACAUGAUGUAUGUCCUAGAAUAUCUCAUUUACCACCUUCGUCCAUACGGCAUUAACAGUCAUCUAGUGAAUAAAGACUCUAUACCAUUGUUAACUAAUUCAACAGCUAGUCCUAUUGCAGUUACAGUCAAAUCCAAGAGGCCAUUGAAUGGAAAUGAAACACAUAAGACCACUGAGUCUUAGUUCUUUGAAGACAAACUGUUUUACCGUUUUCAAGAUAUUUUUUGGUUCCUGUGAUAUAAUGUGUGUUUUUGUACAGUAAUGUAUUCUGUAAACUAAGAAGCUGUUUACGUGUUUUCAGAAAUUUCUUCCUCCCCGUUGUAGAGGAAUGAAUGAAACAAGUUUCAAGUAAGUUUAUGAUGUGAUUUAUAGCAGAGCUGUGGAGUUGGUGUCAGACUGAUUUUGAGACAAAG